AAUGGCAGAGCAUAUAAAAUAAGAAUUGAUUAUAGAAGAAAUGGAGAUAAAGAAAGAAGAAGCUUUUAUCAAGGAAGAAAUUUGUUCAUCUUCUAGUUUGGAUGUGCAGGAAGAAUAUGUUAAGAUGGAAAAUACAGAAAUCAAAGAUGAAAGCAUUAGUAAGGAAGAAGAUCCUCUAUUCACUGAACCUAAGAGGCUCAAGAAGAGUCAACAUGAUGGAAUAAGAUACCCAUGUGUUAAAUGUGAUUAUGUUGCAACUAGAGCUAGAAAUCUCAAGCUGCAUAUUGAAAAUAAACAUGAAGGAGUAAGUUACUGUUGUACUAAAUGUGAGUAUGUGGCAACCCAAGCUUCAAAUCUCAAAAGACAUGUAGAAUAUAAGCAUGAAGGAGUGCGAUAUCCCUGUAAUCAGUGUAAAUAUGCUGCCACUACAGCAGGUCAUCUAAAGACGCAUAUUGAAAAUAGACACGAAAGUGUGAGAUAUCCUUGUAUAAAGUGUGAUUACGCUGCUACGACAGCAAAUAAUCUGAAGACACAUAUUGAAUUUAAACAUGAAGGAUUAAGGUAUCCCUGUGAUCAAUGUGAAUACGCUGGUUCCACAGUAGGUAAUCUAAACAAACAUAUUGACAGUAAACACAAAGGAUUAAGAUAUCCCUGUAGCCAGUGUAAUUAUGCAGCCACUAGAACAAGAGAUCUGAAGAGGCAUAUUAUAAAUAAACAUGAAAGAGUGAGAUAUUCAUGUGAUCAGUGUGAAUACGCUGCUACUAAUUCAGAUUUGUUAAAGAAACAUAUUGAAAAUAGACAUGAAGGAAUGGGAUAUCCUUGUGACCAGUGUGAAUUUGCUGCCACUACAGUAGGUACUUUAAACAGACAUACUAAAUAUAAACAUGAAGGAGUAAGACACCCAUGUGAUCAAUGUGAAUACGCUGCUACAACAGCAGGGCAUCUAAAGAAACAUAUUGAAAACAUUCAUGAAGGAGUGAGAUAUCCCUGUGACCAGUGUAUGUACGCUGCUACUUCCAAAAGUAAUCUUAAAAGUCAUAAGAAUAGUAAACAUAAGUCUUGAGAGUUGUUUAAGGAUUUGCUCCGCACUGUUGACUUCCAAUUAUCAUAAUUCUCUGAUUGUUUUACCCAAGGUUCAAAUACAAUAAAUUCAUCUUUCUA